AUGGCUAGCUGGAAGAAGCUUAGUGGUGAGAAAAAUUGGCAGGGUCUCUUGAAACCUCUCAACAGUGAUCUUAGGCGAUAUAAAACUCAUGGUGAAAGAGUUCAAGCUGUUUAUGACUCGGUUAACCCUGAAGAUGAAACAUGUCCUGCUUAUCAAAAGGAAGAUUUAUUUUCUAAAGUUGUCAUGGAAACAGACAAAUUUGGCAAAUUAUACACGGUGACCGACUAUUUUUAUGCAAUGUCAGAUGUUGCUCCCUUGUUCGAUAGUAUUGUGCUGAAUGCAGUUAAGAUACUGGUGAAUAAGUUUGAGUACAGAAACGAGGAAAUCAGUAUAACAGUAGUAGGUCAUAGUCUGGGUGCGGCGCUUGCAACGUUAAACGCAACUGACAUAGUUGCCAAUAAAUUUAAUAAGCGCGCAAGAUCGAACAAAAUAUGCAUGGUCACAGCCUUUGUGUUUGCAAGCCCGAAGGUAGGAAACGAAGGAUUCAGGAAUAUAUUCAAUGGACUCAGCAAUCUUCAUCUCUUGCGCAUUGAAAACAGAUUAGACAUUGUCACUGAUCUUCCUCCUUCCGAAAUUUCAUACAGAAAAGUGGGAAUGAAGUUAAGAAUUAAGAGUCACAAGUCAGCAUUAUUGAAUUUAACGGACGGGCUUCAACUUCAUGACAUAAUACCUCAGUCGCAUAAUAUGAAGGAGUAUCUCCAAGGAGUUACAAAUAAAUCCGUAAAGUCCUCACUUGGCAAUAGGGCCAUAGCCAGGAAAUCACAGUUGGGGCAGCCAAGGAGUAAACUUUAUUUAAUGAGGGGUCUGAAACAUAAAAAAUAA